AUGGUGGCCGUCCCCGAGCUCUCCCCCGAGGCCUCCCGGCUCCUCGUCUCGGCCGCGCUCUCCCUUGCCGCCGUCCUCCUCUUCCUCACCUUCCUCCCCCCCGCCCCGAGGGGGGGUUGUACCAAAAUCAGAGGGAUCGUACACAAAAAGGUGGGGUUUCUCCCCACGCCGGUGGUUUGUUGCCGGCGUUUGGCCCCGCGGGGAUGUUUUGGGGGGAGACCCAGAGGGAAAAAGGGGGUGUCCCACCCUGCGGCAGGGGGGAUCACGGCGGAGGAGGCAAAGAAGUCGAGUUACCUGAACAUUGUGGGCAUGGUGGGCUCCAUCGACAACGACUUCUGCGGCACCGACAUGACCAUCGGCACCGACUCGGCGCUGCACCGUAUCAUGGAGAUCGUGGACGCCAUCACCACCACGGCCCAGAGCCACCAGCGGACCUUCGUGCUGGAAGUGAUGGGUCGCCACUGUGGCUACCUGGCGCUCAUCACUGCCCUGGCCUGCGGUGCCGACUGGGUCUUCAUCCCCGAGUGCCCCCCUGAGGACGACUGGGAAGACCACUUGUGCCGGAGGCUGACAGAGACCCGCCUGGGCGGCUCAAGGCUGAACAUCAUCAUCGUGGCCGAGGGCGCCAUCAACAAGCAAGGCAAGGCCAUCACCUCCGACGACAUUAAAACCCUGGUGGUGAAGCGUUUGGGAUACGACACCCGGGUCACCAUCCUGGGCCACGUCCAGCGCGGCGGGACGCCCUCCGCCUUCGACCGCAUCCUGGUAGGCAGCUCCCUCCCACGCGGCACCCAAGACGUGACGACGGCGAUGAACGAGGGGCGCUUCGAUGAGGCCCUGAAGCUGCGGGGACGCCCGCGGCGACACCCCCUGCCUCGCUGCCCGCAGGCUUUCACGGGCAGCCUGGAGCUGAUGGAGGGGAGAGCCAAGUACGAGGAGCUCUGCAUCCCGCUCUGCAUCAUCCCCGCCACCGUCUCCAACAACAUCCCCGGCUCCGACUUCAGUAUCGGCGCCGACACCGCGCUCAACACCAUCACCACGACCUGUGACCGCAUCAAGCAGUCGGCGGCCGGGACCAAGCGCCGCGUCUUCAUCAUCGAGACCAUGGGCGGCUUCUGCGGCUACUUGGCCACCAUGGCGGGGCUGGCGGGCGGCGCCGAUGCCGCCUACAUCUACGAGGAGCACUUCAACAUCCACGACCUGCAGGUUGGG